CGAGAUCCUGUUUCAGUUGUAUUCAUUUACCUUACCUGCCAGCUAUCGUGACUUCGAGAAAACUCCCACAAACAAACGGAAUUUCAGAAAUUUGUGAGAAUUUUUUGAUGAUCGGUAUUGGCAUUAUUUUUCUGAAAUCAUCAAACCCAACUUCGACCGACAGAGCCAAGUGAACGAGAUUGACCACUGAAGGAGAGAUAAUCCUUGACCUGUUACCAUGACGACAAUGCAGCGGUUGAACCAGGAUCUGGACCAGUUGGACAGUCUCCGGGCCGGUGGGAACUUGCCCCAGAACGGACAGUACAAGCCAGGGUCCCUCUACACACAGAAGGUCACCACCACCCAAACGUUCUAUGGGACUCAACCAAAGAAGUAUGCCCCUGUCGUGGGUCCAAAACCCCGGAAUGCCCUGCCCCCAUCGGGAUCCAAAGGCGCACCACCCCCAACGUUGCCCAAACCUUCGGGUUAUUACAGACCAACAGCUUCUUCCAAAGGCCCGCCGCCCAUGCCGCCACCUAAAACAUCACAGCGCCACCACGAGCUCAGCUAUGUUAGAGGACUACCAUCUUACGCUCCAGUCGAUCUACCCCCUCCACCAUCCCCCGACCAAGCCUAUGGGGGUAGGGACGAUGCCCCUCUCCCUCCCCCUCCCCCAGAGCUGAUGGGAUCCAGCCCCCCAGCCAAGCCUUCUCCUACCAUGCAGACGUACAACGAGCCUCACCCAGCAGUCCAACCAGGAUACAGGCAACCAUCUUACAGGCAGCCAGCCGCUCCUACCCCUGGGCCUACCCCAGCAGCGAAGCCAUCCUACCAUGUUCCACAGCCUACCGACCAGCCUAUCAGUGCACCAGCCAAGUCCGGCGCUGAGGCGGAGAUCGAUGCACUCACAAACCUCUUGGUGGCCAACAUGGGGACGUCUUCGGAGCCUAAGGGAGAGUUCUUUGGUAUCUGUGCACGUUGCGGUACCAACGUCGAGGGCGAGAACAACGGUUGCACUGCCAUGGAACAGGUUUACCACGUCGACUGCUUCACGUGCGAGAACAACUGCGGUAUCAAGCUGCGCGGGCAACCCUUCUAUGCCUUGGAAGGCAAGGCCUUCUGUGAGCACUGUUAUUUCAACACGCUGGAAAGAUGCUCAACCUGCUCAAAACACAUCACGGACAGAAUUUUGCGAGCCACCGGUAAGCCCUAUCACCCCGAUUGCUUUACGUGUGUUGUGUGUGGCAAGAGCUUGGAUGGGGUCCCUUUUACUGUCGAUGCUACCAACCAAAUUCACUGCAUAGAGGACUUCCACAGGAAAUUUGCUCCUCGUUGCUCAGUGUGCCUUAACCCCAUCAUGCCCGAGGAUGGGCAGGAGGAGACGGUUCGUAUUGUAGCCAUGGACCGCAGCUUCCACGUCCACUGUUACAAGUGCGAGGAUUGUGGAGUGUUGCUGUCAUCUGAAGCCGAUGGAAGAGGCUGCUAUCCUCUAGAUGACCAUAUCCUCUGUAGAGAAUGCAACGGAAAGCGUGUCCAAUCGCUCUAAAGCAUCGUAACCUUCUUCAGGAGGCAUGUCUAAUCGCUCUAAGCAUCGUAACCAUCUUCAGGAGGCAUGUCCAAUUACUCUAAAGCAUACUAGCUGUCUGAAGGAGGCGUGUCCAAUUGCUCUAAGAAUAUUUACCAGUCCGAAGGAGGUGUUACUAAUCACUAAAGAAUAUUUACCACAACAACGGGGCAUGUCCGGUCAAUCAAAGAAAAGCCACUGACCCAAAAGAUAUUUGUCUGGUCACUGUAAGCAUAGUAGCCAUCCUGGAGAGGCAUGUCAAAUUUUUCUUACCAACCCAACAAGGUGGUGUGUAGUCGGUCUGAACUAUUUACUUGCCACAGACAUAACCCACCCUGCGCCGCAUUAGUAUAAGGUUUCAACCUUCAGAGGGGUUAACUGCAUGGAUUUUGCUAGUUCAGACGACCUUGGAACAAUCCCUGCAAAAAUUCUCGUAAGUUUGGCAGGUACCUACUAUUCAGCGGGUAUUUUCUUAUGGGGAAUAUUAUGCGUUCUUGCUUUCACACUACCAAAAUGACCUUGUACUUUCUGAUCGGGGCAGGUAGGGCAAAUAUCCCGAUCAGAAAAUACCUGGAACUAACAAAUGUUGAGGCAGUCUGAAACCACCAUAAGAGCAGUAAUCGUCCAAACUUGGCCUGUCAAGACACCCAGCAUAAUAACUAAACAAAAGGAGAUGUGCCAAGUCUCUUUGACAAG